GCCUAUAAUAGCCUUGUCUUCGUAUAGAGAAAUAAUUUGCAGAUGAUCUAUCAUGUCUGCAGGAUCACAUUAUAUUCAUUAGUCUUUCAUUGUUUCCUUAUAAUCCCCUAAACAACCAGGCUGCUUUUACAUGUUGAAUAAUGCUCACAGUCACAAGUGUCUGUUGUUUCAAAGCUCAUUAACGGACCCUCUCCGCACUGACGGAUGAGUCGUCCAAUGGUUGUUUGGAAUCCACUGGUUAUCCAAUGGUAACCGGUCUGAGCUGAUGCUGUUUGCUUAUUGGUGAGGAGUGUGUCGUAUCGGUUAGUCUGCCUCCUCGGUGCUGAUGCCUUUCCUCUGGUCAAGGUUGCUCUUGCAGUGAUCGCAGUGAGUUGGACGCGACUGGAGCCCCGUUUACGCACAAGCAGAGCAGCAGACUUGAUCAGCCGAGGCUCUGCUGCUGUAACUUCUCCUGUUUGUGUUUGCCUUUCAGGCCACAGAGGAAUCUCUCCCCUCUCAGCUGCAGCCAUGGAUGAAAUGGAGGAAGAGUUAAAAUGCCCUGUUUGCGGCUCUUUUUUCCGGGAGCCCAUCAUACUGCCGUGCUCCCACAACAUUUGCUUGGCUUGUGCUCGGAAUAUUCUUGUGCAGACCCCCGAUGCUGAGUCUCCACAGAGCAGCCGAGCCUCCGGAUCCGGCGUCUCAGAUUAUGAUUACCUGGAUCUGGAUAAAAUGAGUCUGUACAGUGAGGCGGACAGUGGAUAUGGUUCAUAUGGGGGCUUCGUCAGUGCUCCGACCACCCCUUGCCAAAAGUCACCUAACGGGGUGCGGGUUUUCCCCCCGACUGUCCCCCAGCCUCCUCCGCAACAGCACCUGCUAGCGCAGCCCGGCUCUUUACCCCCGAUCCCCCGCAACUCCUGCAUCACUUGCCCGCAGUGUCAUCGCAGUCUCAUCCUGGACGACCGGGGUCUCCGCGGAUUCCCCAAGAACCGGGUGCUCGAAGGGGUUGUGGACAGGUACCAGCAGAGCAAAGCGGCCGCUCUCAAGUGCCAGCUCUGCGAGAAGAGUCCGAAAGAGGCCACGGUCAUGUGCGAGCAGUGCGACGUCUUCUACUGCGACCCGUGCCGCCUACGGUGCCAUCCUCCCCGCGGACCCCUCGCCAAGCAUCGCCUGGUGCCUCCGGCGCAGGGGCGGAUAAGUCGCCGGGCGAGUCCCCGCAAAAUCUCCACUUGCACAGAGCACGAACUGGAGAAUCUAAGCAUGUACUGUGUACAGUGUAAGAUGCCUGUAUGUUAUCAGUGCUUGGAGGAAGGAAAACACGGCACACACGAAGUCAAAGCUUUGGGCGCAAUGUGGAAACUGCACAAGGGUCAGCUGUCCCAGGCUCUCAACGGCCUGUCAGACCGAGCCACUGAGGCCAAGGAGUUCCUGGUCCAGCUGAGAAACAUGGUGCAGCACAUCCAGGAGAACGGGGUGGAGUUCGAGGCGUGUUUGGUGGCUCAGUGCGACGCCCUCAUCGACGCCCUGAACCGACGUAAGGCCCAGCUGCUGGCUCGAGUAAACAAAGAGCACGAACACAAGCUGAAGGUGGUUCGGGAUCAGAUCUCCCACUGUACGGUGAAGCUGCGUCAGACCACGGGCCUGAUGGAGUACUGUCUGGAGGUCAUCAAGGAGAACGACCCCAGUGGUUUCCUCCAGAUCUCUGAUGCUUUGAUCCGGAGGGUCCACAUGACAGAGAGCCAGUGGGGGAAGGGAACCCUCACCCCGAGGAUGACCAGCGACUUUGACCUCACCCUGGACAGCGGGCCCCUCCUGCAGACCAUCCACCAGCUGGACUUUGUCCAGAUGAAAGUUCCAGCCGCUCCGAUGCUCCAGCUGGAGGAAUGCUGCACUCAGAACAACAGUGCCACGUUGUCAUGGAAACAACCACCGCUCUCUACCAUCACCGUGGAGGGAUACAUCCUGGAGCUGGACGAUGGAAACGGGGGGCCGUUCAGGGAAGUGUACGUGGGGACGGAGACCAUCUGCACAGUGGACGGGCUUCAUUUCAACAGCACAUACAAGUCCAGAGUGAAGGCCUUUAACGCCAGCGGAGUGGGCCAGUACAGCAAGACACUGAUCAUGCAGACAUCUGAGAUUGCUUGGUUCACCUUUGACCCAGUGUCCGCUCACCCGGACAUCAUCUUCUCCAACGACAACCUGACGGUGACGUGCAACAGCUACGAUGACAGGGUGGUCAUGGGUAACUCCGCUUUCUCCCGCGGUGUGCAUUACUGGGAGAUGACCAUCGAUCGCUAUGACAAUCACCCAGACCCGGCCUUCGGGAUCGCUCGGGCCGACGUCUUGAAGGAUGUGAUGCUGGGGAAGGACGACAAGGCCUGGGCCAUGUACGUGGACAACAACCGCUCCUGGUUCAUGCACAACAACUCGCACACCAACAGAUCGGACGGCGGCAUCAGUAAAGGGGCUACGAUAGGAGUGCUGCUCGACUUCACACGCAGGAUCGUCAUCUUCCUCAUCAACGAUGAGCAGCAGGGUCCGGUGGCGUUUGAAGGGUUGGAGGGCGUCUACUACCCCGCCAUCAGCCUCAACCGAAAUGUCCAGGUCACACUGCACACUGGUCUACCCAUCCCAGAUUUCUACACCCCCGGGGAGGCAGAUCCAACUGGCUCUGUGUGCUAAAGACUCACCGCCCCCCAGUUUGGGAAAACCUCUCCAGGUUUUCCCAGGGUUCAUCCUGCCAGUCAUUAACUAUGAUCCCACCCUGCUCCCCCUCCUCUUGUCCCCCUGACCGACUGACCCCAUGACUCUGUGUAACAGGCCCCAUCCAGCGCUGAGCCAUGCCUUUAUCAUGCCUAAACCUUGGACACACGGACCGUCUGCAGAACACUGUCAAAACGGACAGUGCUUCACCAUCCGUACCUUGUAAUUUGACAUGAGACAGAUAGUUGAAGAAGGUGAAAUCCUGUUGAAAAAUAAUUGCAAUCUCAAGCUGAUGGAUCGGCAAAGCUAUAAAUUUAUGUACAGUCAUUAUAAAAUGUGCUUAAAGGAAUUUGGUAUUUUGGAAAGAAAAAAAAACACUCUCAUGUCUGUCUGGUAAAUAUGUAUCUACGAGCCAGCAGCUGGUUAGCUUAGCUUAGCUCAAAGACUGAAAACAGAGGGAAACAGCUAGCCUGCUUCUGUCCAAACUUCAAAGACCACCUCAACACCUCUAAAGAUCGCUUAUCAAAACAUGAUGUGUCAUUUUUUAUAAUCUGUACAAAAACCGUAGUGUAUAAACACAAAGUUGUAGUUUUAUGGGGUCAAGAUAAAGUGCGGCACCUAACCCCUGCAAAUCCACAAAUUGUUGUGUUUACAUUUUAAUUUUUAUACGGAUUAAACAAACAAGAUGCAUGUACAGCUUUAAAGCUGCUAAUAGGCAGAUUUGGUCACCUUUGGACAGAGAAAGACGGAGCUACUUCUUUCCCCGUUUCAAGUCUUUAUGCUAAGCUAAGCUAACUGUGGCUCACGUGAGAGUGGUAUCGAGCUAAGUGAAUGUUUCCCAAAAUUUUCAACAAUGUCUUUAAAGAAAGUUGGUUGCUUUGUAAAUGAGUUGAAAAUGGAGCCGCCAUCAUACCGUCAUGAACCAUCAUCCUGAUCCUUCUCGUUUUCAAAAGCACACAUGCGCAAACACAUCAUCAUGCAUCAGUAUCAGUAUCUGCCACCAACAUCUCCACACCAGGGGGAGCACGAAAGGUCGUCUUUUGUGUGUGUGUGUGUAUGUGUGAGUGUGUGUGUGUGUGUGUGUGUGAGUGGAUGGGUUGAGACUGGUCAGCAGCAGCAGCAGCAAUGAAACCUGGACGAGAACAAUAGCCCGACUCUCAGCCGCGUCACUGUCGCAUCCUCGUCCGUGUAAAUGAGACGCUUUUCUUAGUGGCUUAGCUCAUGUGAACCUUCUGUAUCGUCUGUUAAAAAAACAAAACAAAUAAAACUAACAAAAAAAACACAGCAUCAAUGUAUAAAAUGAUACUGGAAGCAAAGCCUUUCUCUGCAGUGCAGCUCUCAGAACAAAACAGGAGGGUAUUUUUGGUGUAAUGUAUCAUAAAAGCAGGCGAUUCUGUGCGUGGAAGUGAGGUAAAGAUGAUGACUGUGAAGCUAUUUGAAUAAGGUGCUACAGCAGCUCGCUUAGUUCUGGCUUUUUUUUUACUGUAGGUGACUGAAUCCUGGUAGUUUUGUAAUAUUGUUAUUGAAAUGAUCUAUUGCAAAGAGGUGUAUAGCUAAAUAAGUUAUUGAUGUUCAGAGUUUUUCAAUGAGAAUUCAUCAUUGUUCCUUUAUUUGAUGUCUAGUUAUUACAGAGAGGAAGUAACUGAAUCUUUUUGUCGCUUUACAAAUGUCGUUUGGAGUUUCAGUUACUGUGAGAACCAGUUUAUGUCAGACAAAAGCAACAGGAGCGGUGAUGAUGCACUGGGAUGUUUUUUUUGUGGCAUUACAUUUCGGGCAACAGCCUCCUCGAUGUGAGACAAGGACGUUUCUUAAGACUUAGCCAUGCUAGCAGCUCAGUGAGGCUGUGCAUAGAUACAGUGAUACUUUUACGCUAAAUGCUAAUGCUAACAUGCUCACAGUGACAAUGCUAGCAUGCUGAUAAAUAGCAGGUAUAAUGUUUACGAUGUGCACCAUCCUAGCUUAGCAUGCUAUCGUCUGCUAAUCAGCACUAAUACAGAAUAUAGCGAUGGCUGAUGGGAGGUGGGGUGAUGGCACCAAAUCUAUCCGAUGAUGGCAUUAGAGAAAAAAUGUAUGUCUCCAUUGUUGUUGCAAUUCAUCCUUAGAAGCACAUGAAUGGCGAGCACCAAAUCACAUGGCUCUCUAUCAAGUAGUUGUUGAGAUAUUUCCCUCAAAACCACAGCGGUGGCGCAAGAGGAAAAAUCAGUGGAUCACCAAAGUCAUUAGGAUUCAUCCUCUGGGAACCAUGAAUCUCUGAAAAAUGAUUUGUGCAUAUUAAUGUAGUGCAUGUUGGGAUAUUUCACGCAAUAAGUGAAACUAUGACCUGCUAGUUGUGCUGGACGAAAGGUCAGACUAUCACCAAAGUCAUGAGGGUACAUCCUCUGGAGAACAGGAAUCUGUAUCUGUACAAAACUUUGUGCCGAUCCACCUGAUAGAUAUCGAGGUAUUUCAGAGUACAAGUGAUAACAUUGACCUGCUGGUGGCGCUAGAGGAAAAGUCAAGGAUCAAGAAAAAUCAUCCUCUGGGAACCAUGAAUGUCUUUAUGUGGCAAUCCAUUUAAUAGAUGUCAAGACAUGUUACCAAAAAAACAAACAUUUUAAACUCAUGCUGGUGCUGGAGUAAAAAAAUCACAGGAGUCCAAAGUCCAUAGACUUUUUAGUUCGGGGACCAUGAACGUCCAUCCAAAAUGUCUGAGCAACACAUCCACUAGUUUUUGACAUAAUUCAGUCCGGACCAAAGUUUCAGGCCGACACAGACUCCACACAGCUAGCAUGGCUAACUGUGACUGAGGUUGAAAUGUUCGGGCGUCAGUUCGAGGGAGCAGUUGCCUGUUAGAGAUGCCUAAAAAGUUUACCGGAGUAUCAUAGCCAUGACACGUACAGUACAUGUCUAGCAUUUACAUGAGGUGCUAUCAUGUGUUUGAGCUUCAUGGGUGUGCCUUUUCCCCCCUCUUCAAUACCCAAAAGAUUUAUGAAACUUUGCUACAAACUAGAUUCAUUGCUUCAGCAGAGUCAACCUUAACAUCUGUGAUGCCUGACUUCACCUGCUGCUAUAUUUUUUCUAUCGUAAAAAAAAAAAGGGCAAAAUUCAACAGUGAUCAUGUUUGCUAUGGAUAUAAUAACCACAGUAUUGAAGGGAAUAUUACAGUCAGGUAUGGCAAGGUGUGUUUUCUUAACUUUUUAAAUUCUCUAAUGUUUUUUGUUUCUUUCUCUUCCCCUGGGGUUUCACUGAUUGUAAAUCAUCUGGGACUGAAAUCACGUGGCUGCUAGAAAAUGGCUGCACACAGUAAACUUUACAAUAUCCAGUAUGAUAUGUGCAUGUGUGCUUACAGUGACAAACUAAACCGAGCCGGUUGCGCAGCCUGUCCCGCUCGGCCGAAUUCAAGCUUCAAUUUAUGCAACAUUUAAUUGGCUGUUUUUCAAGGAUGAGCCUUUUGUCCGGCCGUAAUUAUAAUACCACAGUACAAAAGCAGCUCUUUCCGCAGUGGGUCACCGAGCAGCGAGAGCCUCCUUUGACUCAUACGCAGACAAGUGCAGCCAUUAUCACGGCAUUACACAACCUCAGAUUCCAGGACAAUUAUACAAAAACCAGUUUAAUUCAGCAAAACAGUUUAUUAAAGGCUCAUAUGUCCAGAUGACACGCACACACACGUUUUGUUUCUUACUAGGUAAAUACUCUUUUAACACAGUAUGUGAGAAAAUGUGAUUGAAAAGUGACAAUUGUGUGUUUCUGUACUGAACACAUGGGGGUGCUGACUUUAAAAAGUGUGUGAUUGUAACGUUUAUUCUUUCUCAACCAGCCAAAUACACUUUAAUGAUAUUAAAAUAGACCCGGGGGGAGGAUUUGAAUUCUAUCACAGCCUCAUAAAACUUUUAUGAAUUAUUAAAAACGUACACACAGUCGCUGGGCGACACUGGGUGUUAUAUCUCCAAAUGUACAUACAUAUGUGUGUGUGUGACCGAGUGUGUGUGUGUGUGUGUGUGUGUGUGUGUGUGAGUGUGUGUUACCUGCACUAUAACCUCAUUUUAUCUCCAAAGUGAUUUUUCCUUUUUGCCCAGUUUGAUCCGAGGUUAUUAUUAUUAUUUACAUUGAUGCUGAAAUAUGUCUAUGGAGAAUUUUACGAAUAUGAAAUGAACAUUGUUACUACUAUGAUUUUAACACCGUAUGAUUACUAUGAUUGUUAUGAUUAUAUGUCUAUCAUUGCCAUAUUACUGCUAUUAUUAUGAUGAGUUGAAGUGUAAUAUGAGGCUCUGUGUUUUCUGUAUGUGUGAAUAUUCAAUAAAUAGGUGUCAACAAGG